AUGGACAGCCAUUACGACACCUUGGUCCGGCUGAUUUACGGCUCCAUCAUGAUAGAGUCCGCCGGAAGCAGUCUUGACAUCACCAGGCAGCUGUGUACAGCCGCGUUUCGGGGGCAAAAUGUCACUGCCCACAUCAGCGACACGGACCCCAAUCACGGGAAACACCUAGCGAAGUCACCGGCGUCCCGCCAACCGCGCCGAGGUUGUCCACAUGUGUUCGAGUCCAAGAUCUUUAGCGACGGGUGGCCUUGGUCUGAGGAGCUAAUCCUGGACACCCAUCGCAUCCUUCACCGCGGCCUGUACAACGUGGUUGGCGCCGGCGAGUACCGGACGUACGAAGUCGCUGUUAAGUAUGAGAAGCCCGAGCGGUGCCCGGAUAUGAGGGACAUGGUUGAGCAUCUCAACAGCAACGUCGCCGGGGCCGAGCGGCUCGGACGGCUCAACCCCUCCACCCUGGCGGCGCGCUACCAUCACCAGUUCGUCAACAUCCACCCGUUCGGCGACGGAAACGGCCGGAUGUCAAGAAUCAUCCUCAAGGCCCUGCUGCUGCAAUUGAGGUGUGUCAGUGUGUUUGGGCUUGAUGCGCAGGAGCGGGACGACUACAUCGGGAUUGCCACCAGGGCUUCGAAGGUCUUUCACGCCGAGGAUAUGGAGGUUGACUUUUCGGAGCAUACGGGCCACCUCAAGUUGACCAAGUUUGUUUUGGCCAACGCCCAGCGCAUGCUAGUAUGAGGAAGCUGCACACGGAAGAUGGUAAUCAAAUAGGUGCAAGGCAAGAUCAACUCAGCCGGGCCUGAGGUGUGGUCCUUCCCAAGCUAAGAGGCCUUACGUGCCACCCGAAAGAGCAGGAAAUAGCGCUCAC